AUGGCACCAACAAAAAUCGCUAUGUCCAAAUCCAACAAAAUAACCUCAAACCACGAGCAAGAUAUCCGAGAACGGGGAGAGCUCUACAUCUUUGAUCUCCCAAAACCUCUACGCGGAGCUCUAUUCACAAAGAAUCCGAUAGCACUCCCUUACGGACCUUCUCUUCCUCCUCUACCUAGUGUUGAAUCAUCAGAAGACAUUUGGACUGAUAACCCCGAAUGGAUCAAAAAGAUUCAUUUGUUUGAUCAAACUCAAAAAUUCGAAUUCUUUCGUUGUGUCUUACCUCGAUCAUUUGGUCGUGAGAGUGGUUUGAUCUUUGAUAAACCAAUUUCCGAGUUAAGAAAAUUACAACGUCAUGAUGAUAAAGACUCGAGUCAUAGACGUUGGACUUUAGUUAUCUUUGGAAAAGAUAAAAUUGCUGCUAUACAUAUUCAAACUGAUUUAUUUAACCGCGAAGAAAGUAAACCUAUCAAAGACAGAUUGGUGAUCCUCAAAGAUGAAGUGAAAAAACGUUGGUCAUCAAUUUCGUCUGCCCCAGUUAUUGAAAGCAAAAAAGGACAUGCAAAGAGCAAAAAGGAAAGAGUGGUCGAAAAAUUAUCCCGCAAAAGUCAGAGAGGAGUUGAUAGAGACCCCGUGAAUAAAGACCCAAUGAACAAGGCUGGCUCCGAACUCUUGGCGUCUUGGGAAAAUGAACUAGAAAAAUCAGAACUGAUCUUCGUUGGUGCUAGUAAAAAACAAAUCUCAAUCUUGUUUCCAGAAUCUUCACCCUUAUACAAUAAACUUCGAGCUUUUCCUUUCGCCUUUGGAUCUCCGAAAAUUGAAGAGCUCAAGCGCUGUUACGUAAAGCUGACCACAGCCAAGCUUAACCUAGACUGUUAG